UCCAGGAUGUUGCUCCUUCUUCUUUUGUUGGGGUCUGGGCAGGGGCCACGGCAAGUCAGGGCGGGUCAAACGUUCGAGUACUUGAAACGGGAGCACUCGCUGUCGAAGCCCUACCAGGGUGAGGCGCCGGGGGCGAGGUGGUCGUGCUUGGGGAGAGCUUCCGGACCUGAGCUUGUCCGUAGAGGCGGGGGCAGUGAAAGGCUUCAUGGCCCCGACGAUGCUGCCGGCUGUGGGUGGGGGCACCGGGGGCUCUCGUUGUGUUUGGGAGCCACGGGUAAGAAGGGCAGGGGCCCGUUUACCCUCACCCCGACCCCGGAGUUAGCUCUGGGAGUUUCCAGCAGGUCGAAGCCGCACUCUCGGAUGCCGCUAGCGCCGGGCCUGGAGGAAGGGGAGCUUAGAGUUGAACAGGAGGAAUGUGGGAAGGGGAGAGCACUGCGACCGAUGGGAGUGAUUGAGGACCACUAGCAAUGAGCCAGGCUCCGGAUGGAGCUGUGGAUGUGCUAGAAAUAAAGCAGGCGGCAGACGUAGGGUAGAACUUGGCCGGACUGAGAAGAUAAAAUUCUGUUGUCAGUUAAGACACGUGUUCUUCUCCAGUCCAGGAGCCCUACUGAUGAAAGAGGCUGGUUAGCUUUGCUCUGUUUAGUGUUCGUAGACCGCUAGGCACAGCUUAUCAACCAGAAAAUUUACACGGUUAGCUACAAAGAAGACCAAAUCAGUGUAGAUGGCUUAAUCAACACAAGUCUGUUCCCCACUGGAAGAUAGGGGGACAGCAAACAAACAAAAACACAGAGUGCAAGAGUGUAUACACUGCUGCUAAGGGUGAUUAUUUACUUAGCAGAUGCCUCCAGUGCCUUCUCGUUGCUAAUACUGUGGGUUACACAGACACAAAGUUCUCACUCUCAAGGGGCUGAUAGUCUGAAGUAAGGAGAAAAGUAGCUUCACUCUUGGGUUGUUCAAAGAAAGAAUGUGAUUAAGCCCCAGAGCCCCAAAGGGUCAAGCUCUUUUGGUAUAACUGGGGGAACUUUUUAUUUCAUGGUGCUAAGCAUUUACUCACAUACAAAAUGGGGAAGAAUGGAUCUGAGCUGUGGCUACUGUGGCAUGGAUAAAGUGACAGCUCUGAUGUGCUCUGGGGUCUUCACCUGAGAAGGUCUUUGUGAAAGGAAACUGUAAAGAUGGUAAAGAGUUGAAAUGUUAUGAGUGACAGAAGGUGGGAGAUCGAGUGACAUGAAAGGAAAAAACGGUGAUGACUCCAGCUUUCGGAGGGUCCAUGGUGGCUUUCCGAACGGGUUGGUGUUGAAGAGAAUGAACUGAUCUACUUCCUCUCCGUAGGUGUAGGCACAAGCAGUUCCUCCCUGUGGAAUCUGAUGGGCAAUGCCAUGGUGAUGACCCAGUAUAUCCGCCUUACCCCAGAUAUGCAAAGUAAACAGGGUGCCCUGUGGAACCGGGUGCUACAUUGUCUUCCUUGAGGUAUGGCGCGAGAAGUGAAUGCAGUAUUCCUGGUGUGGCUGCACUGUGAUUUGGUACAAGUCCAUGUUUCCUGAGAGACUGGGAGUUGCAGGUGCACUUCAAAAUCCACGGACAAGGGAAGAAGAACCUGCACGGGGACGGCUUGGCGAUCUGGUACACGAAGGAUCGGAUGCAGCCAGGGCCUGUGUUUGGAAACAUGGACAAAUUUGUGGGGCUGGGAGUAUUUGUAGACACGUAUCCCAAUGAGGAGAAGCAGCAAGAGCGGGUUUUCCCCUACAUCUCAGCCAUGGUGAACAAUGGCUCCCUCAGCUAUGAUCACGAGCGGGACGGGCGGCCUACAGAGCUGGGGGGCUGUACGGCCAUUGUCCGCAAUCUCCAUUAUGACACCUUCCUUGUGAUUCGCUAUGUCAAGAGGCAUUUGACGAUAAUGAUGGACAUCGAUGGCAAGCAUGAGUGGAGGGACUGCAUAGAGGUGCCCGGUGUCCGUCUGCCCCGGGGCUACUACUUCGGCACCUCCUCCAUCACUGGGGAUCUCUCAGACAACCAUGAUGUCAUUUCCCUGAAGCUGUUUGAGCUGACGGUGGAGAGAACCCCAGAAGAGGAGAAGCUGCAUCGAGAUGUGUUCCUGCCCUCGGUGGACAACAUGAAACUGCCCGAGAUGACAGCCCCGCUGCCGCCCCUGAGUGGCCUGGCCCUGUUUCUCAUCGUCUUUUUCUCUUUGGUGUUUUCCGUAUUUGCCAUUGUCAUUGGGCUCAUACUCUACAACAAAUGGCAGGACCAGAGCCGAAAGCGCUUCUACUGAGCCCUCCUGCGAUCACGACCUCUGUGACUGUCACCCAGGAGUAUGGGAGGAGCAGGCACUGGCCUGAGCACAUAGCCAGGCGGGUCUUCUCUCGUCUCCAGCAGCUGGUCAAGGACUCGGUUCUGUCACUGGAGCUUUGAGUGCAGGGACGCUGCGUUCCCAUGGUCACCCAUGAGGACGUCUAACUCUGGAUCAGGAAGCCCACCCCCCUGGGCAAUGCUGCUGUGAUGUGCCUUUCCCCGCAGUCCUGCCACUUGGGAGCGAAGAGGGAUGGAGAGAACAUAGGCUGUCAUGAUGCCAAAACCACCCGAAAGAGUGUCAUAGCCCAGGCUGCCUUGUUGUUGGGCUCAGAGGACCCUCGUACUUCAUUCUUAAAUCUGCAAAGACUAGAAAACUGAUAACUCCUCAUACCUUCCAGCCAUCUGUCCACUGGUUUUUGCUUUUUGUCUAAGCCUCUCUCCACCUGAGGAGCUUUCCUUGGAAAUCUGGAUGGAAACUUCUUCCCUGCCUUGCCUUCCUCCCCUCCAUUCAUUGUCCUCUGCAGAUGCAACCUGAGCUGGAAAAGACAUCUGGCUGCCUCUCUCUUGGGGCCUGGGGCUACACAACAAACUUGAGUUUCACUGACCCUCAUUAGGUGGCCGUAGGGAGGGGGCAUUCUGCUGGGGCUCACGGCUCUAGCCUUUGUUCUUGCGGGUGAUCUUGGUUCUGUUGGUGUGGUCAUGACCCUCCCAAUUAGGUCCCUUUAGGCCCUCAGCCAGGUUUGGCUGAAAGCUGGUGUGCAGGUCAAGAGAAGCUUGGGAGACGUCACGGAUGCAGUGGGACUAACUGUGAAACUGACUGCUCCACUUUUUGACACCGAAAGCAACACCUGUCACAUGAUCUGACCACGUGGAGAUGUUUCUGGACUCUCUGGAGCCUGCUUAGCUGCAUGUCUUGUGUUCAUCAUAAUUUUUGGAAGCCUACUUAGAGUGUUCAAAAUGUAAGGAAACUUUGUUCUUAUAGCCUGAGCUUGGAUACUGCCCAAAGAGGAAACCUGGCUUCUCUUUCUUAAUGGAUAAGGAAUGGUUGUUGUAAAUCUGGAAGCAGUAGACCCCCGGCAUCUGUGCCUGGAAGAGUUCAUUGUCAUUUGAGCAGCCGAGCCUGAGUGUCCUCUGUGGGUCAGCCCUGAUUCCACUGCCUUACCUGAUGAGGGGUCACGUGCUGCUCACCUGUCUGCCCUGUGAUUCCAUCGCUAACAGGCCGGAGGCUCCCUGGAGGGCUUGGACUCUGAGCUCUCCUAGCUCUGUGCUUCUGUAGCCUGAGGGAAAGUCUUAACAUGGCUGAUGGAAACCAAA